GCGCUUUAAAUCUCUUUAGUCCGCCAAUAAACCCACUAAAGAAAGAGCUCGCGUGUGAUGUGUUUGUUUAUCCUCCUCAGUGUUUUUCGCUUUUGAGAGUUUUAUUGAGUGUUAAUCGAGUCUUGUCUCUGUGUAUUUAAGUGUUGACGAUGAGAGAUGAUAUGGACGUAAUGUGCUGUAAAUCAGUAGGAACUGAUCUUUCCAUGCUGGAUAUUGAUGAUUUCAUCACUGAAAUCUCUCAGCUGAAGAAAGAAGUGGCGUUACUGGAGACAAAGCUCAGGUUAAGAGGAGAUGAAGGACUGAAGAGAGAGGAUGUGGUUUGUUGUGAAUCUUCAAUGUAUGUGACUGAUGGAUGUCUGGAUUCAGUGUGGAUGAGCAGAGAUCAGAGCCGCACACCACAGCCACUGCUGGACUCUAAACUCUCUGAUGAGAAAUCCAGACACACACAGGACUCGGAUCUCAGUCUGACUUUACUUUGUUAUACUGAGUCAAAGCCCACAGACACUCAGGACACUACAGUGUGUGACAGUAAACGGAGCUUACAGGAGGAUCAAACCUCCACAGAGUCUCUUGAUUCUGUCUGUAACGCUGGAGAACAGCAGCAGAUCCUGAAGAUGUGUUCAGUCAAACUCAUCGACUGCAGGAACAUCAUGAUGAAGAUUAAAACUGAACCUACAGAAGAGAAAUGUCGCACUGAUGAUGAUCUUAUUCCUUCAGAUGUGAAGACUGAAUUAUGUUUGGAUGGAGAAAUACCAUCAAGAUCAGAAGAGCGACUGACAACACAAACAGUGCAGGAAAUCAGCUUUCCUACCUUGCAAGUGAAAAAGCUAAAUUCAGAAGAGUGUAGAGAGAAGAAGAAGCAGAAGAACAAGAAGCAGGAGUUUCACUGCGAGCAGUGUGGGAUACAUAUUUUUGCAACUGCAUUCUAUAUAAAAGCUCACAUGAAGACACACAAUAAAAGAAAGCUUUUCCAGUGCACUGAAUGUGACAAAUAUUACAUCAGCAAACAAACUCUUAAUGUUCAUAAGAGAUAUCACACAGAAGAAAAAACGUUCAAGUGUCCUCACUGUGAGAAGAGAUUCAGCCACGAAUCUCAUCUGAAGAGACAUGAGCUUUUACACACCAAUGAGAGACCGUAUCAGUGCAGUGAAUGUGGAAAAUCCUUUAAGGUUUUAGGCUCCUUAAAAUUACAUAAACAAAUACACAGUGAGGAGAAACCCUAUCAAUGUUCACACUGCGAUAAACGUUUUUGUCAGAAAGUUCAGCUGACAGUCCAUGAGAGAAUUCACACAGGAGAGAAACCUUACGUCUGCUCUCAUUGUGGUAAGAGCUUCUCUAAUCCAUCAAAUUUCAGUAUUCAUCAAAGAAUUCACACAGGAGAAAAACCUCAUCACUGUAAUGUUUGUGGGAGGAGUUUCAGUCGGCAUCCAGUUUUAGUGUUACACCUGAGAACUCACACGGGUGAAAAACCUUUCAAAUGCUCUCAGUGUGACAAGACGUUUACUCAGUCAGGUUCCUUAAAACUCCACCAGAGACUUCACACAGGAGAGAAACUUUACGUCUGCUCGAUCUGUGGAAAGGUCUUCUACGAGUCACGACGUUUGACAGUUCAUCAGAGAGUUCAUACAGGAGAAAAACCUUAUCACUGUGUUUGCGGGAAGAGUUUUAGUCAACAGGCUAAUUUUUUAUCGCACCAGAGAAUUCACACAGGUGAAAAACCUUUCAAAUGCUCGAAGUGUGACAUGACGUUUACUCAUUCAGGUUCCUUAAAAUCCCAUCAGAGACUUCACACAGGAGAGAAACCUUACGUCUGCAUGAUCUGUGGAGAGAGAUUCACUAAUGCACGACCUCUUAAGACUCACGAGAAGAAACAUACUGAAACACAAACUACUCUUGAAUCAUCGUAGCUUUCUGUUUAUUCAGAAUGAGUUCAGUGAACUAUCAUAAAGAUUGGAAGCCAAAAACUGAAAGUGUGAAAAAAUUAAGUGGAUGCAUUCUGUAAGGAACAAGCCAAAAGAUAUUAUGUGCAAGAGUUUAUGUACAUUAUUAGCAUCUUAGGAUAAAUCCAUUUAUUGUUUUGUCACUUUUCUAAGUAACUUUGAAUCAAAUUGUCUGCUAUCCAAUUAAAUCUUUACAUUACCUAAUUUAAUCAUGUGGAUCAGAAUAAAAUGCCUACACAAUAGUAA